UGAGAUUUCUUCGGUGGCCAAGUCAGUUUACUCAAAACGGCUGAAACAUGAAGAUGCUUCUUUUUACUACUGCGCUCUUCCUGAGCAUUGUGAGCUUCACACAGUUCCAGUCCAUUCAUGGUUUGGGACCAUCUGAGGAAAUCUGUCAAAAAUUUAUUCAUUGCUACAGUGUUGAAAAUGAUGGUGCUUUUUCAAUGGAACCAUCUGGAAAAAAGUUUUAUCGUGAAAACCAACUGAAUGAAAGAUCUGAUUCACAUUUGGCAAAUAAUGGAUAUUAUGGCGAUUCGUUUGGACAGCAAUUCCCUGAGUCAAAUAACAACAACCAGGGUUUUACCACUUCUACCGAUUCUUCACUUCCAAUUAUUGGUUUGACUGGUGACUCUCUAGGUGACGCCCCACAACGAUCAAAUUGUGCUCCUGGAGAAACUGAUAAACUUCCAGGAGGAUGCAGAAAGAAGUUUUAAAAGGAAACCUAAGUGGGUCAAAAUUCCUGUGCAGAGCCAUGAAGAAAAUUCAGCAUUAGAAAAAAUAAUUGUGUACACAAUUUUUUAUAAAAAUAAUUUACAAUGUGCAACUUUGUCAGAGAGUACAACAAUUUGGAAAUAAAGAGGAUAAUAACAAGUUUCUUUCAAAAUCACAAACAAUAAAUAAAGAGCUUUAUAUUUUAACUGUC